UUCGGACAACGGGACCUCGGAGCAUGUCUUUUCAAACGGAGUGGUACGCACGAUCGAAAACAAGUUUUUGAUUCCAUGUGCUUUAUUGAGUGUUUUGAUGUGUGAAGACUGCUGAUAUGAGAUUUUAAUUCAAAUAGUUCAAAUUAAAUAAUGAACAAGCCACUCUCGAGCAACGUUCCCCAACCUUUUUUGUGACACGUUUAGGUGUCAGACAAAUUUUACCAGGGGGGAGGGACGUCGGUGCCUCCCCAGUCAUGAACCUCACCGCACGUCGCUGGUGACCAGUCAUCUUUCCUCGAACUCCAGAAUCGGACGGUUGAAGGCAUUUUUAUUCAAGUGCAUUUUCUAUCAUUACGUAAAGUGAGAUUUUCCUGUGCUUUCAAUGGACAUCGUCAAUCCGUAAAAAAAAUAUGUCUAAAAAAUAAUAAGCCUGCCCGCCUUCCUUAUGUCACCACGCGCCACUUGCGUUAUUUCAGUUUAAAACAAAAAAGACAAAAGUAAGCAAGCAAGAAAGAGGAAUCGGGCUUUGACAACCUCCUUUCCUGGACGCCUUGAAUGGCAAGGCUACUAAAGGCGUACUCGUGUGGUUCCAACCUGGCAACCCGCUUGCGAACCCCGGAGCAGAGCAGAGCAGAAGCGGAGCAACAGCAACAGCAGCAGCAGCGAGCAGAGCAGAGCAGAGCAGACGGUGCAGCCAGCUUCUUGUCUCGUCGCCGAGCUCGCAAGUCAGAAGCGCCUUCGCUUGAGCCGUGGGUCGGGCGGCUCGGUGCCAAGCUCCUUCUCGCAAUCCUCCGGCCAGACGCUGAGCCCGCGCUCCUUCCUCCGUCACAGGAGAGAAGCGGGCGAAGCUCUCCGGCCGAGCCCGCGCUCAUUGCCUCGGAAGUCAUCGUCUUGAGCAAGUUGCCGACUCGUGCGGCUGACCACAUGGCGAAAAAGAACCAAAAAGACACUUUGGGGGUGGUGUUUGACACGCGCUCCAAGAUGGUCAUGUCGCAGGGAGGGCCGCCGGAGAGGAUGAAGGAAAAGAUCGGCGCCGUCAGGGCGAUCGUCCCCAACAAAAGCAACAACGAGAUUGUUUUGGUGUUGCAGCAUUUUGAGAACUGCGUCGACAAGGCCGUCCAAGCCUUCCUUGAAGGGAGCGCAGCAGAGAUUCUGAAGGAGUGGAGCGUGUCCGGCAAAAAGAAGCCCAACAAGAAAAAGAAGCCCAAGGCCCAUCCGGAGGCGGCAGCGGAACCGGGCCCGUCCGAACAGGGCAAGGGCAAGAGCAACGGCUUCCACCCCAAUGGAUCGCUGGCGGAGUCGCUCGACUCCCUGAGCGAACGCUUGGACUCGGGUUCCCCGGACGCGUCGGAGCCGGACUCUGAGCCCAGCGCAUCGGAACUCGCCGGUGCAGGAGCGGCGAGUCCGCCCUCUGGGCCUGGAAGCGGCGAAGCGCAAGGUCGGCAACGCCGCGACCACCCGGCGCUCCCCGAUGGACAAAGUGGGUCUGCGGGCAAAAUGAUUGCUCGCAACGUGGAGCGCUCGGCCAAGGACUUGCAGCGGUGCGCCGCGUCGCUGACUCGCUACAGCGUGUUGCUGAAGGAGGAGAUGGAGUCGUCCCUCAAGAGGAUGAAGCAGACUUUUGCUGAGCUCCAGAGCACCCUAAUGGAGCGAGAAGUGACCCUGCUGGCUGAAAUGGACCGAGUGAAGGCAGAGGCCAUCGGGAUUUUGAGUGGCCGGCAGAAGAGAGCCCAAGAGCUUCGCAGGCUGACGGAACGCUCGGCGGCCAUGUCGGAAGAGCAACUGACCAAACUGCGGGCCGACAUCAAGCACUUUGUGAGCGAGCGCAAAUACGACGAGGACCUGGGCAAAGCCCUCAGGUUCACCUUCCAUCUGGACCCGCUAAAGGCCAGCAUCAUGCAAUUUGGAUCUGUUUACCACCCUCAGACGGCCUACUCGGAUGGAUCCCGGUGCAGCUCGGCGGCGGCCGGGCCCAGCAUCGCCGAAACCCUUCCCCCCGACCAGCUCCGACCUCUGCCGGCCAAGCAGAUCUUCCAAGGCACCCGGCGCACGUACCAGGGACAAGGCUAUCAGUUCGGCGGCUCCUACCACGAUCGAAACCCCGGCCGCGGCGACCGAUGCCCCCCAGACAGCUCCCGAGGCCUGCACGGCAGCCCCAACCACGAUCGAAAUCACGGCCGCAGCGACCGUGGCCCCCCGGACAGCUCCCGAGGCCCGCACAGCGGCUCCAACCACGAUCGAAACCCCGGCUGCCCCAAUCGCGCCUUCCGAAGCCCCCCGGACAGCUCCCGAGGACCCCCGGACAGCUCCCGAGGACCCCCGGACAGCUCCCGAGGCCUGCCCGCUGCCGCCACCUCGUCCACCAUGUUGGCGGCCAAGCAGAAGGUGGCUUCCCACAACGGUCUCCCUCAAAGGCCUGCGCGCAUGGCCCGUCCUUGACACCGGAACGGCCGCCCCCACAGCCAUCCCCAAAAGAAGUCAACAUCGGCACAUCCUUGGAGCGAAGCGCUCGCGUGCCUCGUGGUUCCAGUCGGCGACCCGCGUGAGGCUUCUCUCUGCCGCCCGUCCACCUGCCGGCACUGCGAUGGUGCUCGACCAAAGUCUGCCCUCCUCCUGACCUUUUUUCUCGGCCCCUUUCAUUUCAUGACACAAUCUCAGCACAAGGAUGUAUGCUGAAACGAGUUGAGGAGCGUCACUGAGACAAAGCUGUGCUUUGCUGCCAUCUUGUGGCCUAAAUCUUUUGUGCUCUGCUGUUCUGUGGGCGUUAAUUACUCACGUGUUUUUGCUAUUCUGUCAGUUGUAGGGGUGGAGGCUUUGAUACUUUAGCGAGAGUGGUCAUUUUUAGACCAAUCACUUAUUGCCCACAUGUGUAGGUGGAAAUUGCAAAGCCACAAAGAGGAGACAUUGUGGACAAGGCAAUAGAUAACCUGACUCAUUUGGAGGUUGAUGUGGAAAGUCGAAAAAGUACGGCACAUGUCCUCAUGCUGCUUUUCUUCUGUUUUUGGCAUAGCAACGUCCAACUUGGUUCCCUGCGCGUUUUGCUGUUGCCUUUGUCCGACACACCUUUUUCCAUUUGCCUUUGUAGAAACGUUAAAGUUCAGGGAAAUACUUUUCAGAUAAAUGUUAGAAUAAAAUAUGCCUGCCUAGUUUAUUUUUUAUUUUUUAAUAUAAAUCAACUCUCGUUUUCGUACUGCACGAGUAAAGCUUCCUGCCGUGUGUCGACAGCAAAACGUGAAGGAAAACAAGUGAAAUACUACUUUGUGGAAGCUUCAGCAUGGCAUCCUGAAGCUAAAGGUGUGGGCAGAGGCAAGGUCGUCGCUCAGUCACGCCUCAGCGGCCUGGGCACAUGCCCGCCAGUCUGAGGGAAUGGUCCAUCACUUUGGACCAUGACGGACGGUGGCCCCUUCUCCUGCCGAAUGACGGAGCCAGCCGCCGAAUUUUGUAAAUUGCCCACAGCUGGCUGAAAUGAACGCUUUGUUUCCCCCCUAUUCUUUCAUUCAGUCUCCUACCUAUAUAUACACAUGUAUGCAUUUUGUAUGUUGGGGCAUCGUGGACGUCUCGUCGCUGAGACAACUAGAAACUCAAGUGCCUUUUCUUCUGGUCUCCCACUGAUGGGUCCUACGCACACCCAAAGCCACCACAAAUGAAUGGCAAAAAUGAACGGACCAAAGAUGUCGCCCUCCCCUCCCUAUCAGCGCACUUCAUUUAUUACCAAUAAACCCUUUGCAAUAUG